CGGAGCUUCACCGUGAAACGCCUCGCCAAGGUUGAGCUCACCGCGUUGCUCUACUCUGAAUGGCACGUCACGCCUCGCGCUCCGGUAGCACAGCAUGAUCUUCUGAGCGACAGUUCCGAGCGAUACGCUACCGCCACCAUCGGCCACCAUCGCAUCACUACGCCACGGCAGUCCGAGAUGAAGUGCCAGGCCAUCAUCAAGUCGCCCGCACAUUGGAAGUCUUUGCUUGGUCCAAAUGGCUGAGCAUCGCCGCUUUGCGGACCUCAACUAUGGUCACGCAGGUCUUUUAACAUAUAUACCUUCCGAGGACCCCGAGAAUAGCCCAGGCGUGCUGCAUACAACCCGGGCGUUACCCAGCUCGCUUCACUUCCGGAUAGUGGGAUCAUCAGCUCAAUUAUACCCCCCCUCCAAGUCGGUGACGCCCGCUGCUACUUCGUCUUCCCACUCGUGGGAGGAACGUCGGGUGCAGAGGAGAUGGCUCCUUAAUUCUCACCCCGAGGCCUUCAUCGGUGACUCGUCCGUUCAGGAGCUGCUCAAAGAUGACAUGGAACGCUUCAAGAACGCUGUCGAGGAGCCGAACCGCAAGGCCCUACUGGCCGUCGGCCUCAUGGCCGAUCUGACAAACCAAUGGAACCUGAGAGGGGCGUCUGUUCUCGCGACCGCAACCGGGCACUCCGGGCAAGAGCUGCGACUUGUCCGCCUCGAUGAGUCGCAAUGGCAGUGGGGAGAUCACAAGGACGUACUUUUGAAUCUAUCCGUUAUCGAUCCUGUGCACCAGGAGGAAGAAGCCAUCUGGACGAGCGAUUCAGUGCCGAUAACGCAGGUCAAGUUUGCAACUCAUGUCUCUCGACACGGCUACGAUCGAUGGCUUCUAGUGCAGAAAUCCACGGGAACGACCCUUUUACAGCCCGAAUACAAUCUCUUGCCGGUCUCCCAAUCCGAAACGGCUGAGGCAUCGGGAGAGCAGGGGCCGUCGUUCAUCAAGCCAAAUCCCUUGCUCACGUUGGAGGCGAGCCGAACGGGUGGCAAUGCGCAUUCCGACAUGUUUCUGAACCCGUCAUCGCUGGGUUGUCCCCCUCAGCUGGGUGUCAUUGAUGAAUGCGGGUAUUGGAGUAUCUGGAACAUCAUGGGCGCCACAGAUGCCGUCAAGAGGACCCUUCAUCUGGUCCCCUUCAGGUGUGGGCAUAUCAUCCAAGGCUUCAUGGAUACAAUUCCAAAAUAUCCGUCCUAUCCAGCAACGAGCCACGGCAUGCUCGGCGUUGGCGCACCGCAGGCCGGCACAACGUAUCGCACCCCUGCGAAAGGCGCUGGGCCUCUAGGUGCGGUCACAGUUCCUUCACGCUACGUACUGCUGUGGAAUUCGAGUCAAUUGGAGCUGUUUGAUCUCGAAGCCACUACCGUCUUUCGAAAGCUAGACUUGACCUCGUCAUCUCACAGACGACCGGAUCGCAUCCUAGACAUCCAACUCAGCCCCUUCAACGAGGAUCACGUCUUUGUGCUGACUACCCGACAAGUCAUCUGGGUUGACCUCGAUUGUCUGAAUAGACAGGGCGAGGAAAUAUGCAAGCCAAAGAUGCUCCUCGCUUGUUCGCAUCCUGGUCUUGGACACGAGGAGAUAAGAAUGAGUGUUGCUCCCUGCGCGGGUGAGACUCAGUCAGCGCUUGUUUUUACACAUUCUCCGGGGACAGAGCAGCUGUGCGUUUACUGGUUCACCAUUUCGCCAACCACCGGCCUGCCGCAGUGGUAUCGCGACAUCUCGCGCCUGCCAGGCAGUGAUGGGCUUUCUCCAAGCUCCAACACGCAGCUCCUUCGGGUGCAUCCUGCAAGACUUGAUGCCUCUCCGAAGCACUCUUCUGAUGGGCCUGGGUCGAGAUAUCGUGACAGCGACACCCAAUUCUAUCAAGUGAUGGCUCUUUCUGAUAAUCUCGGCGUGCGAUAUUCCAUGUACUCAUCCGUUUGCGACCCCACAGUCGAAGUAACACUUCCCACCACACGGGUGGGUUGGUCAAAGAGCGAGCAGCGGCGUCGCUGGAAAAUGCGUCGAAGGCAUUUCCUACAGCAUGUUACGGACACCUUCGUCGUGUCCGACGCAAUGGACCAAGACGACUUGGCAGCCCUUCUUAAGCAGGGGGAUGUCGAGGAGGAAGAGAAGCCCGCGGUCGUCGGUGAGAACCGGCUCGUACCCCAACGGCGACCGAUACGCUUAAAGAUGGACCGAAUUGCGCAGGCGAUCCAGGAACAACUCGACGCGAGUGCUGCGCAAGGCUCUUUGGGACUUCCGGUAGCCCUGUUCGAUGCUCUGCGAGCUUUCAUUGAGCACGGACUUGAAUUUGGGAUGCCGCUUUUCACAUGGGCCGAUGUAGCUUUUUCACUCGAGCAGCCUGUACAAUAUGGGCCGCCCGAGAACGGCAUGGAGAGCGAGAUCGAGCAACUUUUCGACGUGAAUAGUGACAAUGUCGUCGUUACGCAGUUACGGAGGCGUUCUGAAAAGGAGCCACUGGACGCUUUGCUCGGCCUAGGUUACUUGCAGCAUCAGUACUCUGCACUGUGGCUUGACUCGGGGAACGAGAUUCCCAAAGACCUCCAGCAGAUCCGAAGGGUGUGGGUGAACGAAAUUGCUCGGGACGUGUUUCUGUCGAGCUAUGGGGUCAUGGUCCAGCAUGUUCCUCUAUUGGGGGCGCCGACUUCCGGUCCGGACGAAACCCUCCUUGAGAAGUCUGCAAUAUUGCCGUCUUCUCCUCCACGACGCAGCCCUCGGGUUACCUCGUCUUCUCCCGAGCCAGGGCCUUCGACGCCUCCGACCCCGUCGGUACAGGAGGAUGCUGCCAUUCAGCGUUUGAUGCUCUUGGCCACGUUUCAAGAGCCUGCGCUGCUGGUUUCGACGAAACAAUCCAAAAUACUAUCGUACUGGCCCGCAGAGCGGGGAGUCGAUACCCGAGACUAUGUAUCCAGCGUUGCAGUGGCAGCCGACGAAAAGUUUAGAGACGCCAGGCAGCGACUACAUAGGAUCGAGGCGAAGCGAAAGGCUCAGGCAGAGAAGUACAAGCGACCUGCGUUUAUGAGGCAGGGCUUCCCGAUGAGCGACGGCUUCGACCAGGAGGCGACCAGUCUGCCGAUGCGACCGCCGCCCGUGCAGGCCAUGUCGAGCCAGCAGGCUGUGCCAGAAUCAUCGCAGACGCAGAUGGGGCCGACGGUCACGAUGAGCCAACCCAUGCCGGGAACAUUCGGAGGAGACAGGAAGAAGAAGAAGGGAAAGCGCAAGAGUGGCUUCAGAUAGUCAAUGCAUGUCGACACACAAUGUGCCUUGCGCCAGCGCUUCCGCGCGUUGUGAUCAAGAACAUCAGAUGUCCAAUCUAAGCUUCCAUUAAACGUAUAUAUGGUAGGACUCUUGAUAAUUCAAUCCGCGAUGUGCCC